AUGGCGAUGAUCUCAGUGCUGCGAGAUGACGUGAAGUACAACUCUUUCGUCAUAGGGAGUGACGAGGAUUUGGAGGUUCUGUUCCAUUGUCGUCGGCAGUUUCCCGAGGUCAGGACACCUGAGCUGUUGGCAAAGCUAGUUGAUGUGGUCUCUAGCUCAGGAGGUUCAAACCGAAAUACCCAGACGCCAGGUAUGGUAGCAGGUUCUAGUCCGAGACCUGUUGGUGCAUCUUCAUCCGUGCCUGUGAUUGCACCUCGGGACAAGCCUAUCGCCUCCCUGUCGUUCACUGUUGAUCUCAACCGCAGUGGUGGCGGAGAGGUUGGUAUCGUUGAUAGGGUGCCAAUUCCCUUACAGUGUGGGGCACCGGCUGGUAUGGAUAAUGCAUUUCCGGAUGAUGAUGACGAUGAUGAUGUGGAGCCGGACAUCAUUGCUGAUGAUAGUGGUGAUGACAUUGCAGAGGGGGUUCUUGGAGAACCCACUGGAUUUGGUGCCAGGGAAACCCAGGGUACCGGAGGUCUUACAAUGUUUCAGUACAAAGUGGUGGAGUCCGAUUAUUGCAAGAAUCUUGGGAAGUGUACUGAAUUAUUCAGGAACUGGUGCACAUGGUUGAUUAGGAUCAGUCUCCACCAGCGCAAGGGUAUUUGGGAGGUAAAAUGGUACAACAGACCUCAUACGUGUCUGGCGACGUCGAUUUCGAGCGAUCACAUGAGUCUUGAUUAUCAUGUGAUAUCGGCCUUCAUCAUGCCAAUGGUAAGAGCUGAUUCAUCCGUCUGCAUCAAGGUACAGCUGUAUGCGACAAAGGCACAUUUCGGGUUUAGGCCGACUUAUAGAAGGGUUUGGUUGGUUAAGCAGAAGGCCGUGGCACAGAUUUACGGAGGUUGGGAUGAGUCAUACAACGAACUAUUGCGGUGGGUAUUAGGUGUACAACUGACAUUGCCUGGUAGUGUUGCGGUGUUGAGGACAAGUCCUGUUCGAGUGGGGGGGCAGGUGGACGACUCGCAAGCCUAUUUUCACCGGCUUUUCUGGACGUUCCCACCGUGUAUUGAGGCAUUCCGGCAUUGCAAGCCGUUGGUGAGUAUUGACGGGACCCAUUUGUACGGUAAAUACGGGACUCGAUCUAUCUGGUGCCACUCUAUGACAGCAAAAUAUAUCAGUGCUGUCACAAACCUCCAUAACGUUGUAUGCCGAGGCUCCAAUAUCUCCGGAUGCACAACCUGA